CUUCCCGUCCGUCAUUUUGUGAGUACGCGUUGUUCUUGUUCUCCCGUGGACACCUCUGCGCUCGCUUUCAACCGGGUAUAAACGACGAUUAAUCGGUGUUUUACCUCUUUAUCGGUAUAUCAUCAACAAAUAUUGUAUUUAUAAACAUGGAGCAAAUGGAAGAGCCCGCUGGAUCGGAUAAUAAACGAGCUAUAGAGCGGAAAAGGAGUUGAAAAUGUUAAGUGAGGACUUCAGAGAGGACAAGAUUUCAACAGCAGCAGAAUCCAUCAGAAUCCCCACACUUUCUGAACAUCACUCACAGGAGCUGGUUUACCCAGAGUCCUCACCUUUGUCUGAGUCCAGCGUUGUCAUCGCAGUUGCUUCAAUGGGUGGUAAUGAAGGAGGUGGACGUGGAGGGGAACGGUGGAGCCUCUUCAGGGUGCGCCCCAUGGUGCAGAAAUCACCCACUGACCCAGGAUCAGAGACCAACACACCUGGGGGACUCUCGCUGCAUUCGUACUUUGGAAUUCAGAAGUCUAAUACCAUGGAUGGUAUAAAAACCAAAGUAAACCUCAUGGUUGAAGAUCCUGCCAAUUUCAACUCUCCCAAGAUCGAGAUGAGCGGCGAGGAGGGAAAGAAAACAUGUCACAGACUCAGACACAGAGAUAUGAACAUUCUGACACCAUCUGGCUUCUGAACUCCACUAGUCUUUAACUCUCUUUAGCUUCCUCGCCGAUUAUAUAAACUACAAAAGCACAUAACUGCACAAAUUGUAUGCCACUUGCAGUUUGGACCGGUAUGGUUUCUUAUGAGUAACCAUAAACACACAGUCACCACGUCUCGCAUGUAACUUUACUAGAUUUACCCUUUAAAUUAGAUAAGAGACAUAGUCGUACAUUAGUGCCAAACACCCUGAGUUGAUAGUGAUCUCUUAUCCCACGUUUACUGCUUUUUGAAUGUGUUUUCAGUGCCGUGUACUCUGUAAUUAUCUUACUUUCUGCAGUUAAAAUAUACAGAUGUAAAAGGUAAUGCAGAAUCAAAAUAUGCAUAACCAGUGCUCUCCUUGAACAUUUUUAUUUAUUAGUUGCAACAUUCAAGUGUGCACUGUCUGACAGUCAUCUUAUUUUUGUGGACCAUUUUAAAAAGCUUAUUGUGUUUAAUAAUGUUUCCUUUAAACUCAACGAAUUCCAUCACAUUACAAAGCAUUUAGUCAUUUAGCAGGCGCUUUUGUCCAAAUGAGCUAAACAAAUAUUGUGUUGUCAUCCACAAAUCUGUUUAACCAACUGUCAUUUUUGACUAAACACGGUGACAGUAUUCAAUAUUCAACAUAGUUGAAACAUCUUUAAGUGCCAUUUUUGUAACUUUUUAUUUCUAAAUUAUUACUUUUAUUGAUGGAUAUGAGGUGGAUUGUGUAUGUUGUGUCCUGUGUGUUCCCCAUAUGCAAUAAGGUACAGCAUUGUUUGUUUAGCAUGCUGACAGCGCCACAUUUCUAUCACUGGGUUUCACACUUAAACACAAAAGUGUUUUUUCAUACAGCUCUUGUCAUUUUGUAAAUAUAACAGAGAAGGUUCUCUGUGUAUGCGGACACUGCUGCAUCAUUUUUGCUAUUGUUUUUUGUACGAUUGUAUUGGAAUUGCAAUACAGUUUGCACUUCAUGUUUGAA